AUGGAGUUGGAGCAGCCUGCUGAGGCUCCUGUUCUCCCAGAUGAUCAGAUUCCUGUUAUACCUGCUGAUCAUCAGCCCGCUCCAGUCGUUCCAGAGCCCAUUGUUGCCCUUGACCCUGUUCCAGUCACUGAUGCACCCGUCGUUGCACCACCAGCCGUUGAGAUCCCAGAUAUAGCACCCAUACCCGACCCCAUGGCGAUUUUUGAUGACCUUGCACCGUUUGCUACCCACAUUGACCUGAGAUACGCUAACACCAGCGAUGGGUGGAUUGAGGAGGAUGACUACCCUCUGUAUGUAGUCCCAGUCACUCCCCCUACCAUACCUAUUACUGCACCCCUUGAUAUUCCGGUGUUUCCUCCACCCACAUCUGAUGCCCAUCGUACCGACCUUCCGAUCACUUUCCUUCGGGACAUUCCUCCGCCCCAACCUGGGGAGGGAUCGUCGAGACAGCCCUUCGGCCACACACCAUUUGUGACAGGGGAUAACCAGCUUAUACCACCGACUCCUUAUCAUAGUUUUGUUCCUCCCGUGUCAUCUACUGCUCCUUUCAUGUCUCAGUUUCCCCAUACCACUUCACAGAUUGCAUUUACCCCACACACUACGCAUCCAGCUUUAGCCCCGAUGGGUGAGCCAUUUCAAUGGUCAUCACCCCAUGUCAUGCCAGUGUCUGACCCUUAUCACUCGUUUCAUGUCGGAUACUCUAUAGAGGACAUGCUCACGUCGCUGCAGUUACAGCAGGACGCCUUGAGGUGA